GAUCCCAGUCCACCGUGGCAUGAUCGUUUGAAGCGAGUUCGUGGCCGAUUCAGUGUGGAAACGCGAAAACUGGAAAAACAGUUAAGUGAGCUCACCGAUGAAGAUGACUGGCUAAAAGAUCUUUUGAAGGACGAACUUGAAAAACGGAAGCGAAGGCAAGAAAUAUUUGAGGAAGUUGCUGCCGGCCACUGGCAAAUGUGGAAAAUUUUGCCAAGUGGGCAAGAAUUUGUUACUGGGUAA